AUGAGCCCCCGAACUGAUUUAUGUGAUACCUGUCAACACUUGCGGAAUGACUUGCAAUUCAAAGCUCGUAAAGAAGAAGAGGCCCAGGAUUUAUUAAAGAGAUAUAAAGAGCAUCUGACGAGAUACUAUAUCACAGCAUUGACGCUACCGCUCAUUACAGUUACGGCUGAGCUCAAAAUGUCCAUAUUCCUCAUUCCGAUCAGCAAAUUGUAUUAUCUUAGUGCUCGGAAGGUGCAUUUGUUUGGUGUCCAAGAUGAAGCAGUCCGGGAGCAAAUCAAUUACGUUCUUGACGAGAAUGAGCUUCUUGGAAAGGGUCCGAAUGGUACACUUAGUCUGGUCUUCGACGGAAUAAAGCAAUUGAAUAGAGGUGAGAAGCAUUUGAAGGUUACCUGUGACAAUGCGGGAGGGCAAAACAAAAACAACGCUACUAUUUGGUUUUACCUGUACUUGGUAAUUGUUGGCUAUUAUGAAAGUAUUGAGCUCAACUUUAUGAUACCAGGGCACACGAAAUUCAAGUGUGAUGGUAGCUUUGGUCUGAUUAAAAGACUUUAUCGUAAGACCACGGUAGAUUGUGUAGAUCAUGUGGUCGAGGUGGUAAAAAGAUCUAGCAUCGCCGGACUAAAUAAAGCUCGACGUUAUAAUGGUGAUGAAGCCCAAGAAGUCGCUGAUGGUCCAUUCCAGGAAUUCAAACUAUUAAAAAUUAGUAAAUCCGAGGCUUCAAGAGUCAUAGAAAAAAUCAAGGCCCUGUCAUUUCCAGUGCUGGAACCGCCUCCUAUGAAGUAUGAAAGACAAGAAUAUUUUUAUCAGCAUAUUCGGCCUUUUGUCAAAGAUUUGUUUAAAGAUGUUACUUGCCCAAAACCAUCG